AAAAAUUGGGGCGGGGAAAGGAGGCUACGCUUAGGAAGGCAAACAAACUGCGGAAGUUGUAGCAGACAAGUUGGGAGGUCCGGUAGGUGCCCCUCCCAACAGGGAAUGAGCAAGUGCCACGGCGGCAGGACUUUUCCCUUCUUUGAUUGGGAAAUCAAAGUUCCACAAAAACAUGGAACUAAUUUCCCCAGCAGUGAUUAUAAUCCUGGGUUGCAUUGCUCUUUUAUUAUUCCUUCAGCGGAAGAAUUUGCGUGGACCCCCGUGCAUAAGGGGAUGGAUUCCUUGGAUUGGAGCUGGCUUUGAGUUUGGGAAAGCCCCUCUAGAAUUUAUAGAGAAAGCAAGAAUCAAGUAUGGACCAGUAUUUACAGUCUUCAUUAUGGGCACCCGAAUGACCUUUGUUACUGAAGAAGAGGGAAUUAAUGUGUUUCUAAAAUCCAAAGAAGUAAAUUUUGAGCUAGCAGUGCAAAAUCCCGUCUAUCGUACAGCAUCAAUUCCAAAGAAUACUUUUUUAACACUGCAUGAAAAACUUUAUAUCAUGAUGAAAGGGAAACUAGGGACUUUCAACCUGUAUCAACUCACCGGACAACUGACUGAAGAAUUACAUGAGCAACUGGAGAACUUGGGCACUCAUGGGACAAUGGAGCUGAACAACUUAGUAAGGCAUCUCCUUUAUCCAGUCACAAUGAAUAUACUCUUUAAAAAAGACUUGUUUCCCACAGACGAGAGAAAAAUCAGGGAGUUCUAUCAGCAUUUUCAAGCUUAUGAUGAAGGUUUUGAGUACGGGUCCCAGAUGCCAGAAUGUCUCCUAAGAAACUGGUCAAAAUCCAAAAAGUGGCUUUUAGCACUUUUUGAGAAAACCAUUCCAGAUAUGAAAACAUACAAAUCUGUAAAAAAUAAUUCCAUGACAUUAAUGCAGGCUAUGCUGGAUAUCAUAGAGACGGAGAGAAAGGAAGAAGAGAGCCCCAGUUAUGGGCUUUUAUUACUUUGGGCUUCUCUGUCCAAUGCUGUCCCUGUUGCAUUUUGGACACUUGCAUUUGUCCUCUCUCAUCCCACUGUCCACGAGACCAUUCUGGAAGGCAUAUCUUCUGUGUUUGGCACAGCAGGUAAAGAUAAGAUGAAAGUAUCUGAGGAUGACUUGAAGAAACUCCCACUAAUCAAGUGGUGUAUUUUAGAAGCCAUUCGUUUAAGAGCCCCUGGUGUCAUUACCAGAAAAGUGCUGAAGCCAGUUAAAAUUUUGAAUUACACUGUUCCUUCUGGUGACUUGUUGAUGUUGUCUCCAUUUUGGCUGCAUAGAAAUCCGAAAUAUUUUCCUGAACCUGCAUUGUUCAAACCUGAACGUUGGAAAAAGGCAAAUUUAGAGAAGCACGCUUUCUUGGACCAGUUCGUGGCAUUUGGAAGCGGGAAGUACCAAUGCCCUGGAAGGUGGUUUGCUCUGUUACAGAUUCAAAUAUGUAUUAUUUUAAUACUUUAUAAAUAUGACUGUAGUCUUCUAGAUCCAUUACCAAAGCAGAGUCCUCUCCAUUUGGUGGGUGUCCAACAGCCAGAAGGACAAUGCCGAAUUGAAUUUAAACAAAGAAAAUGACAUCUGUUGGGUCUAAAGAGGGCCGGGAUCUUCUGGAAGAGUGAUUGUCCCCAUCCACUAGCCUGGCAGCAUCUAGACCUGAGCUCUGCUAAAAUAUACUGCUUAACUUUGUUUUAGGAUUUAGUUCAAGAGCAUGUCUAAAUGGUAGAUGUGUUUGGUAACUUAAGAGUAGACCAAGAAUCUGACAUCACUCUCACCGAUAUGAGGUCUGAAUACAGGGAUUAUAGAAGAUGUUUAAAUGAUUUUUAAAAGAUGCAUUUCCCCAGGAGUUGCAAUUUGGUUUCAUGCAUAACUGUAUUAAACUUUAAAUAGAAAUAGUGCCACUUGAAUGAAAAUCUUAGUAAACUAUGAAGGCCACAUACUUAAAUUUCUAUUUUGAAAAAGGCUAAAAGUCCUAGAUUCUAAGAAAAUAUUAAAACAGUAAUCUCUGGAAAUUUUUUUAGUUUUCUCAAUAUGAUUCUCAACUGGCAAUUUCAAUUCUUUUUUUUUUUUUAAUGUU